GGCCCGAAAGUCAGCGCCCGCUCAGCUGCUUGAGCCUAAAGGAGAUAGGCGUAGAAGGCAGGUAAUUUCCUACCGGCUCCUCCAUAAAGGUGUUUAUGGAUCUCUUGCCCGAUCUCGUGGCCGGCUUCCUUCCUCAAUUUUCUUCGUCUAUCUCCUACCAACCGCUGGCCGUUUCCCUUCUCAUCCGGCGCGCGACAUGAAGUCACCAUGAAAGGCUUAGGUGGGAUACUUGCUGAGGCUUACGCAUCGUGGUCGCAAUCCAUCUACCAGUGCUGCCUACCUUGGACAUCUGACUCGGCCGACGAGAAGCCUCGUCGUCACCCCGCUGAGCGUGGGAGAAUACGUCAUAUCGUCAACGACACCGACGACAAUUUCUAUCUUCCGACGAGACCGGUUGCGCGCGACCCGCUCAAUAUCGUAUACCAAGCGCCGCCGCCGGUUCCGCCUCCUUCCGUAACGCCGUUCCGGCCGAGUACGGGGGCAUCUAAGUCGGAGCGGGCUUCGAGGAGGAGAAGAGGUUCGGGGCGGAGCAGCUUCUCGACGAAAAGGCUACUGCGACCGUCGAGCGCCGCGUCGUCGUCGCGCAAGCUCCAGAUAUCUGCCCCUACCAACUUUCGCCACCUUAAUUCGGAGACGUUCCGCGUCCCGCAGCAUGCCUUAACCCAAGCGAGGCCGCGGCCGGCUUUCCGCCCGCUCGAACUCAGCAUAUACAUGUCUCAACAUCAGCUUUCGCCUAUCCUGCCUCGCCUUGACUAUCCCACUCCCCCCGUCACCCCGCCUCCCCCCGCCUUGACCCCCUCGAGCCGUGAAGGUAGCCCUCAUGUCUCUCAUUCACGCAGCUACUCGUCGAUGUCGUUCCACAUCCCCCGGAGACCAGUCAAUGGAGGAUCCGUUUUCGAUUCUCCUCGGUCGGACGCCAGCACGCCCCAGCCGCCACGGCCGGCCAGAGCCCGAGCCUCCACGUUGCCAUCGACGCCGAACCCUAUGAUGGAGGAUCUCGUCGAACGAGUUGCCACUGCCAUGCUAGAGCGCGACAGACUGCAGGAACAGAUCGACGACGUCAUUGAGAGGCAGAGCAUAUAUAUUAGCAGCCGGCCGUCGACCGCGAACGGCGAACCAGAAAUGGAGCCCAUGCCAGAAAUUCCGGCACUGCCUCCUAAUGCUCCCUCGUUCAGCGAGCGUGUCAGCUCUGAUCGGCCGCGAACUGCGCCACCUCAGGCUCCUGGUCGCACACCGUAUAAGGCCAACUCGUCACGCAAAGUGGAGGGCAGGGUCCCUCCUCCGCCAUUGCCGCUUCGGUUACGCCCGCCGUUGCGCAAGAAGAAAUCCUUCUCCCGAGUUUCUACCUGGCUAUUCCCCAGUGGGGAGCCUAGACUCGACAUGAACCUCGAAUCCCUCACCAACGAGCCUAAGCCUGUGACGGGAGCCGAGGGCUUCUAUCAAGUGACCGGUCCCGAACCAAGCCGACGAUACAGCUUCGACUCCGUAUCUACGGGUUCGGGCUGGACCGUCGAAGAAGAGCAGACGGUGCCGACGAGCUUGUCGCCCAGCAGCACUACAACCUCGAAGGCAAAGCUCGAACCCCGAGUCAUGAUCGCAUCCGGGCUUCAGGUGCCCGUUAUGCUCCCGAAACGGCAGAGCGUCGGCGUCGCUAUAUAAUCCUUUCGAUUCUUUACGUAUUGUUUGCAUUCUACGAUACCAUGCGGUACUGUGAAACCGCACUUUCUUUCUUCACGUCCGGGCAUGACGUGACGUUUUGGUUAGCAGGGGAUAUAGGCAGGUAUAGACUUGGUGGCGAGUGGGUUUCAAAAAGCAUCGGAAGCGGGCACUCAUCACGAUGCCGGGGGUUAAUGAUAGACCAACGAGUGCGGAUGUCUCUGUGACCUUCGGGAGGGUCUCAAUUCGUGCUUGAUACUUGGCGGAUGAUACCCAAUGCCUAGGUGGUGGCGGAGCCUAGCGAACUUCUGGGCCUUCGGAGCUGGAGCUCAAGUGGCUCAGGUUUGGAUUUACGGGCCCCAUCCGGUGGCUUCCUAGUUACCUCCCUAUAUUAAGUAGUAGGUAAGGUCUAUGGCCUUAGUUAGUUGGGCAAGCAUACAGUUGCCAGAUAAUCAGAUUAGAUAUAGAUGGAUUUAGUCUGAGGCUAAAUAUUGCUGCCACGAGUCGGUUCCCAAUCUAGUCGGAAAGGUGGGUUAAACA